UAACAACCAAAUGGGAAUCAGUUGGUUGUACGAAGUGACGGUUUUAGUUAUAUUCGGGCGUGUAAGCUAGUUUAAAGUGAGGUUGUUGUUUUUUUUUGUUUCCUCUCAUAAGUUAGUUUGAUCAACGAAUCGGUAUUGUAUUAGCGAUGGUUUCAGUUAUAAACUGAGCUGGCAUUAGCGUGCUACCCUGACCCUAUAGAAAGUGAACCGGAGAGGAGGCUAACAUUCACUAGCUAGCUAGCGGUACAAGUAAACAUUACUGCCCGUUUCUUCUAGAUGGCAUCGAUGAGGCAGUCUAGUCGUGCGUUAUCCACUGUAAAACAGGCUGACUAACUUGAAAUCAGUCUCAGCAGUUGGUUGGCCACCUCUGUAAACAAACUAAGAAGAAUACCUCAGAAUGACAGAUGACGCCGUUCUGUUAAAUGUACCUGCCAUCCGGCAGCUGUACCACUGGGACUGUGGUUUAGCCUGCUCCAGAAUGGUUUUGAAAUACCUCCACCCUGUCAGUGAUGAAGAGUUCCAGAGUGCUUGCUGGGAGCUGAAAUUGACAGAAAGUGUGUGGACUAUUGACUUGGCCUACCUCAUGUGCCAACUGGGGAUCAAACACCGGUUUUGCACUCAGACACUUGGUGUAGACAAGGGUUUUAAGAAUCAGUCCUUUUAUAAAAAGCAUUUUGAUACAGAAGAAGACCGUGUGAACGAGCUCUUCCUUAAGGCAGAGAGCAAGGGUGUGGUGGUGAAGAAAUGCUCUGUGACAAUUCAGGAAAUCCAGGCUCAUCUGGACCAGGGCCAUGUUGCCAUAGUCCUGGUCAACGCUGUGAUCUUGACAUGUGAACUCUGCUCUUCACCUGUCAAAUACUGCUGCUUCCUCCCAGUGGGCCAGAAGUGUUUCUGCAGGAAGCCAGAGUACCAGGGUCACUUUGUGGUUGUAUGUGGCUUCAACCGGAGCACUGGCUGCAUAUUCUACAAUAACCCUGCAUAUUCAGACCGAGUGUGUUGCACCAGCAUCAGUAACUUUGAGGAGGCUCGGCGGAGCUAUGGGACAGACGAAGACAUCCUGUUCAUCUUCAAGGAGAGCUGAUGCUCUUAGUAAGGACAACAGUGAUGGAUAUGGGUUCCGCAUCUCCCACCCCAUCUACAUUAUAGUGACAUUGUGGUGCUAUAGAUACCCAUGCAAGGAUCAUUCACC